AUGAGCGAAGAGGAUUGGCCUUCGCCCAAAUUUCGAGAGCAUGUCAUUCAGAGACUGGAACCUGAAUUGGCCAGAAACCGACAGAAUGCACCGAAUCUGCCUGUACCUGGCGAUGCACGACAGGUUGAAGAAUACGUAUUUGCAAAGUGUAUGUCGAAAGAUGAAUACAUGAGGACAAUUGCAAAAGUGAUAAAUGCCAUCAAUUGUAAUAGUAAAUCGGCAGCAGUCCCUUCUGUUCUUCAACCAUCACAGUUUCAUAGUCCACCUUGUACAACAGCAGUGUUGGGAGGAACUACGCCCGUUGGUUCAACACCUGGUUAUCGAGCCCCAGUGCCUCCGGACCCUCAGCCGACAUCCGCGCAAGCGAGAAAUCCUCCAUCAACAGUUGCAACAACUCAAGCAUCUACAACACCCUCCUCUCAAAGUACAGUACCCGCUGGAACCGUAUCUGCAUCUGCUGCUGUCGCAGCCGCAGUUGCUAACUUCCCAUCUCCGGACACUGCUAUCCGUGUUGGUGGCCAAACUACUCCUGGAUCUCAAUCAUCAGGACAGUCUUCUGCACCAAAUGUUCCAUUCCCGAAUGGUGGUCCUCAACAAGGUUCAGUUCCAAUGAACGGAGGUGGAGGUCCAGCAAUGGGACAACCACCACCACAAAUGGGUGCACCGAAUAUGGGAAUGGGUGGACCGCCUGGUGGAUAUGGAGGUUAUGGAAUGAUGAAUGGACCUCCAGGUGGAGGACCAAUGGGUAGUAACCCAUAUAAUCAACAGAUGAAAAAGGAGAUGGAACAAAAUCGUCCGUGGGACCCUCAAGGCCAUAUGUACCAACAGCCACAAUGGGGUGGUAUGCCGCCGCAACAAGGACACGGAUACCCAAACAGACCAAUGAAUGGACAGCAGACCACACCCACGGGAACAUCAUCAGUACUUGAAUCACUUAUCAAUCAACCACAACAAUAUCCCGGUCAUCACAAUCAAAUGGGGCCAACAGGUCCAGAUAGAAAUAUGCCGGGCAAUCGUCCAGGCGGUGGUCCAGGAGGGCCUCAACGGCCUGGAAUGCCAGUGAAUCAAGCAAUGAUGAGUGUAGAGGAUCAAAACGUGUAUUCGAUGAAAUUGAGAAAUAUGCGUGGAAGUUGUGAGAGUUUAAGAACAAGAGCGAGACAGUGCAGACAAGAAGGAAAUCAUGAAGCCGCACAUAAAUUGGAAGUGAUGCUCAGUGUUUUGGAAGGUAAACGAGUCGUUAGUCUGGAAUAUCUGAAUCAUUUGGAGACGUGGAUUGCCAGGAAACAAGAUUUUUUGAAUAUCAAUCAAAUGGCUCAAAAUCCAAAUCAUAUGGGAAUGAACGAUCCUGUGAUGAAUGGCGAUCACGGAAUGAUGGGUAAUGGACAAGUUCAUAAUCCAUAUGGAGGACAUCCUGGGUAUAACCAUGGACAAUAUAUGGGUGGACCACCACCUCACAUGCAGCAGCAAAUGCAUCAGUCACAACAAAUGUGGCAUCAACAGCAACAACAACAGAGAAUGAUGCAACCACAAGACCACAUGAUGAUGGGCGGUGGAGGACCAAUGCAUGGAAUGUAUCGAGGUGAUAUGGGACAUGAUCAAAUGACAUCUCCAGUCAAUAACCAUCGUCAUGCUCCUUAUCAGAAUCCAGCGAUGAGAAACAAUAUGAGACAAAUGCCAAAUGGGCCGGGACAGAUUGGAAGAGACAGAAAUUCCAUGAGUGGAUCAAUGUCAGGACCGUCUUCUGGAGCUCCAUCGAUGAAUCCAAUGGGUACACCAAAUCAGAAAAUGGGAACACCAGGAUCCAUUGGUGGACUUUCAGGUCUAGAUGAUUUCACAUAUGAUGACUUCCUUCCAAACCCAAUCGAUGCUCUCCAGCCAACUCUGCAUGUUGGAAAUCCAUCAAACUCGAUGAAUUCUGGUCAACCAGUUCAACGUGCUAGCCUUACUGAAACAGCAAGAAAAGAGCUUCAAGCUCUUGAAGCACGAUUCGAAAUUGACCCGAAUCAUCAACGACACGAUGCGAACCAUAUUCUUGUAUCUUGUAAGCUUCGAAAUCAACCAUACCCACCACUUCGUCUCGUUGUUCCAACAACAUACCCAGCUGGAAGCGUAACAGUGGAUCGAGCGGUUAUCGACCUGGAUGCUUACCUCUACGAUGAUCUUCAAAAUGUUGUUAACGAGCGGUUAUCAAGGCCCGGACUUUCAUCAUUGACAGACUAUUUGAAUGCAUGGGAAGAACAAGUGAACCAAUAUUUGCAACAGAAUCAAUCAAAUAUGGACCCAUCGUUCGGUGUCAGCAAUGAUUUCUUCUACGAAAAUCUUAAUUUGUGA